UUGGUGUGCUCUCGGAUUGACACUCCUGCGUAUUUGCGGCCUGGUCGUUCGAGGAUACCCGUUUCGUUAGGACCGUCCCCAGAUUCCUCCUCCGAGCUGGAGCGACUUGCCUGUCUUCGGUAAGGUACCGUCCGCUGCAGCCAGGGACAUUCCUUCCCCACGACGAGUGCCUAGGAGGCGUGGUGCGGGGAGCGCGCGCCCCCAAAGGGGUUCCCUAGCAUUCACCGGCUUUCUCCCGGGAAUAUCUCUCUCACAGCUGUUCGCUCCACGACGCGCGCGCCGGCGCAUGCAGUCGUGCUUUUGCCGGUGGCGAGAGCAGGUCGACGCGGCGCUGCUCAGUGUGGUUGUGUCGUGAGGUGCCUCUUGUGGAUAUACAUACUUCGCCGACACCGCCGCUUGCCUGAUCGACACUACUACAAGCUGGCAUUAACGCUGCUCGUCAGUGAGCCAUGGGCUAGGACCCUGCCCAGUGACGCUCGCAUGUCCGGAUGGGUGACGAAGACAAACGGAUAGAGUCCGAUUUGCUGCCACCCGAGGGCAUGAUCCUGCCAUCAGAUGGACUUCGGAGUCCACCACCGGAGAAUGGGAGCGGAGGAGAGACUGAGGACUCGUUUGAAGGGGAGGGAACUGAGGAGGUUAAAACAGACAAGCCAGUUGGCUGCGCUGUGAAAGACGCUCUGCACAGACUUGUCGAACUGUGCGACGCACCCGAGGAUGGCCUGGUCACCUUGGACAAGCUCAUGGCUGUGAUUGAGAGCCAGGGGUUCCAGUGUUCUGCUCAGGACGAGCAGUCGCUGAACCAGGUGUACACUGCGCUGUGGGCGGAGAGUGAAUCCAAGGGCCUGGUGACGAACGGGACCUCGGGUAAGCGGGACGUGCAUGUCGACAUCCAUGGCUCCAAGGUGAUUCGAAACCUGCUCGACGACUACCAGCGAAAUGCACACCUCGAGGAUAUCUGGGAACCCGGGCUGUCAGUGCUGCUCGACUCAAGUAAGUCAGGCGGGGGGUUACCCACUCCCGGCGGGGGCGGAGGCCCUGUAUUCUCAACGCCUCUGCGCUGCACCGGUGGCGGUGAUGAUGGCGCUGGUAGCACUAGAAGGGGUGGUGGCCGUGCAUCGGGUUGCUCAACUCCGUCUACCUGCUCCUCGGCAGAAAUCCUCGCAUCCCUGGAGGUGUCCAUGUUCAGCUGUGGAAGCAAAGAAGGCAUCGCAGGCGACUUCAGCUUCCUGGAUGCGGCACAGAUGGAGGCUGAGCGGUGCCAGUUCCAGCACACUGUGCAGCGGCUGAUCAAGGAGAAGGAGGAUGCCUUCCGCCAGUGGUCGCAGGUUGAAGAGGCCAACCAGGCACUCACAGCCUCGAACAAGGACCUGCUCGAGCGGGUGCGAAGCCUGUGCCAAGAAGUUGAGGCCCUGAGGAGUGCCAGUGUGGAACUGGAGGAGACCAAGGCUGCCCUCACUGCCACCAGUGCCGCCCGAGAGCAGGCUGAGCAGCAGCUUGUCCAGGCCCGGGCGGCCAAGGUGGCCCUCCAGAGCCAGCUGGAGAAGAGGAUUGCCGAGGUGGACAGCCUGCAGGAAAGGCUGACAAAGUCCCAGGUCCGCGAGAAGAAGGCGUCCGAGGCGGUGGCUCAAAACCGUGUGCGGCUGCGCGAGCUUGAGAAGCGCAACCUCAGCCUCAAGGAGCAGCUGUCGCAGGAGUCCAGCAGACUUGUUGAGAGCACAGCUGCAGUCCAGGAUUUGUCCAAGACUGUUGAGACACUGGAACAGAGACAGAAGGACACUGAGGAUGAAUUGCGGCAAAAGCGUGCAGAAAAUGUCCGGCUGAGGGAAGUGCUGUACGAGCAGACCGCUCUGGUUGUCAGCGACAGCAGCACGAUCACUGGUACGGAGUUGCACGACACCAGCCCUGCAGCCGUGGCCAUCGCUGGUGAGGCCAACCUGGACAGCGACGAGGGCGUCCGCUCCAUCUCGCCGGCCAGCAUCCUCUUUCUGGACUUGUCGUCCUCGCCGCAGCAGCCAAUCAGCGACGAGCUCUUGUUCAGCGCACUUGACCUCCCUUGUGCGAGCACACCGCAACAGAGCCUGUCUAAGAGGCCGCGGAUGCCGUUCUGCGGAAUUCCGAGGUUACCCUCUUGGGACUGCUCCAUGAUCCAGCGCCGGCACUCUGACGCCGGAGUCAACUCUGUCCUUCUGAACCAGUCAGGACACAGCAGUCUUCCAUCGGGGAUAUCGGCCUUGGUCCCAGAGAACUUGGCCAGUUCUGGAGAGGAAGCCUUGCGGGCAAGGCUUGAGCAAGAGCUGGAGAGGAAAGAGGAAGUCAUCAGGGAAUUGGAAGCAAAGAUCGUGGAGAACAAGGAGGAGCAGUUGGCACUGGAGCGACGGCAGGCGGAGCUGUGCAGUUUCCUCGGACUGUCCUUGGUCGUUCUGAGGACAAUUCGCUGCGACCUGCAAGCGUUGAACGAUGAAGCUGUCAGGGUCUUGGAAUCGCAGGCCGGGGCCGCGUCUGUACUGGCUCUGGCACAACAGGAUAGGCAGCUGGUGUCUGCCCUCGAGGACGUCAGCCCAGAGUCUGCAUACUCGUUUCCAGAGGAUGUGGUCCGGGAGCAGAUUCAGCUGGAGCUUCAGACACUCAGGGCGCAAAUCACGAAGAGCCAGGCUGUGCUCACCUACCUCCAGAGCCGUGGCUCAAGAGUACCUCUGCAGCCAUCAUCCGAGUGUGCGACCAUCGAUCGUAAGGCCCUUGUUCCACACCGUGGAUAUUCUGAAGAAGGUGUCCACCCCGAUGACCGCCACUACGACACCUUAGAGACACAUCGCACCAGGAGGCCUUCGGGUUGCCACACUUGCGGGUGCAUCGGCCGCUGCCGGGGUCGUCAUGCGGGCCGCUUCUCGAGCACAUUGUCGUGCCCCACCCUGUUGUCGCGUGACUCGCCUGUGGCGAGGGGUACGCAGACCGAGCUGGCGGCAUCGACGAGGUCCCGCGACUGUCAGACAGAGCCCCUGGCCAUUGUCGAUGUGCCUUGUGACAGGGUUAGUGUCGAGCAAGAAGAGCUGCCUGAUGAGGGACGGACCCCAGUGGGGCCCGACUCAGCGCUGGUGUUUCCGAGACAUCGGAGCAACAGUUUUGUGUGUGCCAUCCAAGGAGGAAACUUUGCGGCUGUGGAGGCAUCUGACGGCAGUUCACUUUCGAGAGAGAUUGGCACAGUUGACAGUGGCAAUGCCAAACCACCGGUGCCAAAGCUGACGUUCGAAGACUUCGAUGCACAGCGAAGAGAACCCGAUGUGCAGACCCGGAAGGCAGCCUUCAGGAAAUGCCUACUUGAGGUGGGACGCAGUGUGGCCAUGGACUUGGAUCAGCCAGAUGGCUCUUCACGGGUUCCUCUGAAGAAGACCACCUUCAUGCUGGAGCGACCCGAGACGGAGUCCGCCCAGGGCAGCCUGGAGGGACUGGAGGCCUUUCCCUCCUUCUCUGACGUCGUGCUCGCCUCUCAGGGAGUCUCCAAGGACUCGCCAGGUUCGGACCAGCUGACGGAAGAGGAGAUUGAGAACAAGUUCACCACCCUCUCCCUGGGCUUCAAGACCGACCGGCUGACGCUGACCAAGCGGCUCGAGCUGCACCAACGGCACCGGGACAUCGCCGAGGGCAACAUCCAGGCCGAGCUCAACGCCAUCCGGGAUCUGGCCCAGACUCUCGACUCGCUGUGCACGGACGACGAGCGCGUCCGGGAAGUGGUUGCGCAGAUCCGCAACCAUGUCGACGUCAUCCAGCAGUCCACCGACCGAGUGUCCAGCCAGGCCGAGGUGUACGGGGCCGUCCAACAGGAGGAGCGCAUGAGCAGGGCGUUCGAGGUGAUGGUGGCGCACGUGGAGAACCUCAAGCGUGCCUCCGAGCGAGAGCACCGGGAACUGGAGGACGCCCGCAAGCUGCUGCUCGACCACCAGCUGCACGACGUCGCCACCGUGACGCCCGCAAAGGAUGCCCGGCGCAGGGCCAGCGUUGCCUGUGUCCGCCGACCUUCGGGGGAGGACUCCCGCGGAAACCUUGUCUACUUAGAUUCCCGGGGCCGGCUGUUCAGCAUCCCGGGUGGCUCGGCCGCCAGUUCAUCGGCACCGGGCCCCGUCCGCGCCCUGCGCGCUCUCAACUUGGGCGCCCGGCGCUGCUCGCUUCCAGUUCCGCACGCCGUGCUCUUGCCCACGGCACACGAGGCCGACGCGGCGCGAGCUGCUGACGCCGCAGCCGGUGCCAAGUCGGAAUGUCAUGUGGAAGAGGAAGUGGUGGGAUCCUCUGCUAAAGCCGACGGCUCACACCACCAUGGUGCAAGGGACGUCAACGGAGACGUCGGAGUCUCCAGCCUGUCUGCCCAUGAGCACAGUGGCCAUAUCGCUGAGGAAAGUUCGACUCUCCAAAAUGGCGUGCUUGAGGAAUUGGUGGCCGCCAGCGCCCAGGACACCCUGGAGUUGUCAGAUCGGCUGAACGGUAUGGAGGAGAUGGAUGCCGAUGAGCUGCGGGCUCGCGAAGGCGAGGAAGGGGACCAGGAGUUCGACGGGGAAGAGAGGGAGGGCAGCAACACCAGGGUGGACUGCGCCAACAUUGACUUGCUGCACUGGGCGGCCAACGUGGUCGUCAGGGUGAAGUACUGGUUAAACAGAAGUCGUCAGGUACUGGCUGGUCGCAAGCGGCUGGCGCCGGUCACUGUCCAGCGUUUCACGACUGCCCGUUAUUUCCUUAGUGGUCUGUUAGUCACCGCCGCCCUGGUGACCGCCCUGGUCGUGCUGCUUCCUGGUGUGACCCCAUGCUCUCACGCAACGAACGACGGUGCCAACGUGAUCCAGCUGUGGCACGACCUGUGCCUCUGGGGACCGGACUUUGUGACGCUGCACCGUGGCGACCGGCCACCACCGACUUGAUUUGCACGAGCUGAAACUUUUUUUUUUAUCCCUGUCUCCCUCUUGAAUGUUCCACAAAGUGUGUGUGGUGCUGCAAUAAUGUCAAGAGAUGGGCACCUAUGAUGUGAUCUUUACAGGAACUUUUUUUCCUUAGUAUGCGUGUAGGAUAAGACUGGUGCGCUGCGGUUUGCGGCUCGUGAUUGUUCCACAAAGGGUGUAUGGGUGCUGCAAGAGUGUCAGUGACAAGUAGCGAUGUGAUCUUCACAGAAACAUUGUUUUCUUUCCAUGUGUGUGCAUCGAUUCUACGUGCAGUACAGCAUCUUAGGAGCACUUUUAAAAAAGGUCGAACAAUGAGCUGUAGAUUAGCUUGGAAACAUUCGCAAGCGACCGAAAGUGGUCUUUCGGCAGACACGUUUAUGUGGACAGCGGUGCAAUGUUGCAAAUUGACAAGGCAGUGUUUUGUAUUACCACUGCAUUGAGCACUGCAUUCUUAGUGUCGUAGACCGGCAUCCCCGCGUCUCGCAAGACACUUCAAGACUGUCAGAGAAAAGUGGUGGCUAAACCGGGUCACAUGUUAGGUAUUUGAACACCAUGAUGCACACAGUUGAGCGUCUCGCCGCACUAUGCGCUCACCGCAACCUGGCAAGUACUCAUGCCGGCAGUUAGGCACUUUUGUGGUGGAAGCUCGCAUGGUCAGGCUGCCGACAGUGCUGCCACCUGCCGGCACUUUUAGCGUUCUUGCAAACUGGCCUCUCUACUCGAAGGAGAGUUCUGUUUUGAGAGGACAAAGUUUACAAAAUACAACAACCUUAAGGCAGACUGCCGCUGCGCUAAUGUGUGCAGCUGUUGGAAACUAGGCAGAGUUUGCUGGCAGUUUGUUGUAAUGCCAUCUUAGGUUCCAUUUCUGUUUGUUUUACUGUUUAUUUGAGGACUCUUGAACUGAGUGCCAUGCGCGUGUAAUACUUCUGUGUCAUGUGCAAUACUUACUUUUUUUUUCUAUCUCGAGCAAGAGAUGUGCAAAUAGUUUGUUUUUUUUAAUUUUUUUGUACAAGGGUUGCUACAACUACACUUUCGGACAUUUGUAAUCCUGCUUCAGUGAGUUGACAUGCGACAGAAGUAAAGUUUUUUGCACAUGUGCAAAUGUUUAUAGCUUCUAUUUAAAUUGAGUUCUGUUUAUUACUGUUACGAGUUCUAUGAAUGUUUUUUUUUAGUAAAGGUUUAUUAAAUGACGAGUCUUGAAUAUGGCUUUUCCAGAUUGAAAAGUCAAUUUGAGAUGAAGUUUUAAACUUCAAUGUUCUUCGUGUUGGAAGGUUCUCUUAGUUGAAAAUGAAUGUUUGUUUUGUAAAGAUUUAUAGCAGCAAACCAGUUCUAAGUGUGGCUUUCCAAGAAGGAAAGUCUAUUGUAGAAAAAGUAUGUUUUAAGCAUUUUGUGUUACAUGUUGUUCUUUUUAGCUGAAAAUAAAUUUAGUUGUGCGUUUCUCA